GAGCUUGAGGAGGUGUUCUCGGGAUGGAUGCGGAAGCGCGGCCAAGGGAGCAGCCUGCUGGGCGGCAAGCUCAAGCAGCGCUACUUCGUGCUCUACUCGAACAAGGAGCUGCACUACUUUGACAGCGCCACGCCAAGCGACGCGUCGCGCCGCGGCCAGAUCCGGGUCGACGCGGCGGUGGAGAUGGAGCGGAGCAAGCCUCGCGACAAGAAGGACUUCUCGUUCGUGAUGAGGGUACCCGGGCGCGACUGGGUGCUCGACCCGGGAUCCGGCACGGCUUGGGCGGAGUGGGACGCUGCGCUGCGCCCGAUGCUGUCCCCUGCUGCGGCAGCCAUUGCCGCUGCAGCUGCGUCUGGCUAGUGCCAGGGGGAUCGUCGGCAGCUCCCAAGAGCUCGCGCGAGCCGAGACCCAAUAGCCUCUCAGAGCAGAGACUCGACCCGAUAGAGCCUCUCAGAGCAGAGAGAAGCACAGAGGGGCCGUGGCUUAAGCACGUGUUAGUUUCUCCGUCCCAA